UUGAGUCAGGGACUGGCGAGGCAGGGAGUCGGGCUGGCGGCUGGCUGAAGGGAGCCUGGGCGCGAGGGGCAGGAGGAAAGCGGCGGCUGCGGCGGCGGCUGAGGGAACUACGGGAGCCUCUCCCGACUGCAGCAGGUCCCUCCUCCUCCUCCUCCUCUCGCCUCGUACCUGUCCCCCCGGCUCCUCUCGCCGCGCCGCCUCUCUCCCCGCUGCAAUGGGCUGUCGGCGAGGCAGGAUGCUGUGAGAUCCAUGUGAGGCGGACGCGAGAGAGACGGAUGCAAUGAUUGGAAAGAUCUUCAGCCUGGAGAAGUCAUUUUAAGGAAUUCGUUGCCUUUUGGAAGAAUGCUGUGAAGCAGCUUGCCAACAAUAGCAACUGGAAAUAGAGGUUGAAUAACCCACUUAAGUGUGAUUAAUUUCGUAUUAAGUAGUACCUCACAUUAAAAUAAAAAUGUAUGGAAGUGCAAGAACAAUCAGUAACUUGGAAGGCAGUCCUGCCAGAUCCCCUCGCUUGCCAAGAUCUCCUCGGCUGGGCCAUAGGCGAACAAGUAGUGGAGGAGGUGGAGGGACAGGUAAGACGUUAUCAAUGGAGAAUAUCCAGUCACUUAAUGCUGCCUAUGCAACAUCCGGACCAAUGUACCUGAGUGACCAUGAAGGUGUGGCAUCCACUACUUUCCCCAAGGGCACAAUGACUCUUGGAAGGGCUACAAAUCGAGCUGUGUACGGUGGUCGAGUGACAGCUAUGGGGAGCAGUCCUAAUAUUGCUUCCGCUGGCCUUUCCCACUCCGACCUCCUUUCUUACACUGAUCAGCAUGGGGGGCUGACCACUUCUGCACAUCACCACCACCACCAGAUCCCUUCUAUGUUGAGACAGGUAAGGGAUAGCACCAUGCUAGAUCUACAAGCUCAGCUUAAGGAGUUACAGAGAGAGAAUGACUUGCUGAGGAAAGAACUGGACAUCAAAGAUAGCAAGCUUGGCUCUUCCAUGAAUAGCAUCAAGACCUUCUGGAGCCCUGAGCUCAAAAAGGAAAGAGUGCUGCGGAAAGAAGAAGCGGCCAGAAUGUCCGUUCUGAAAGAGCAGAUGAGGGUUUCUCAUGAGGAGAACCAGUUUUUGGAUGCCAGGAGAACAAAGCACCUUCAGCUAACUAUUCAGGCCCUCCAAGAUGAGCUUCGGACCCAGAGAGACCUUAACCAUCUCCUUCAACAAGAAAGUGGAAACCGCGGUGCUGAGCAUUUCACCAUUGAGCUUACGGAGGAGAACUUUCGGAGGCUUCAAGCCGAGCAUGACAGGCAGGCAAAAGAGCUGUUUCUCUUGAGGAAAACCUUGGAAGAAAUGGAGCUGAGAAUUGAAACCCAGAAACAGACCCUGAACGCCAGAGAUGAAUCCAUCAAAAAGCUCUUAGAAAUGUUGCAGAGCAAAGGCUUGCCGUCCAAAGGGAUGGACGAUGACAACGAACGGACGCGAAGGAUGGCUGAGGCUGAAUCUCAGGUUAAUCAUUUAGAGGUGAUUUUAGACCAGAAAGAGAAGGAGAACAUCCAUCUUAGAGAGGAACUGCACAGAAGGACCCAACUUCAGCCUGAGCCAGCGAAGACGAAAGCUCUUCAGACCGUCAUAGAAAUGAAGGACACAAAAAUAGCUUCACUAGAACGUAAUAUCAGAGACCUUGAAGAUGAAAUACAGAUGUUGAAGACUAAUGGAGUUCUGAACACAGAAGAUCGAGAAGAAGAAAUCAAACAAAUAGAAGUUUACAAGAGUCACUCAAAGUUCAUGAAAAACAAGAUUGACCAGUUGAAGCAGGAGCUUUCAAAGAAAGAAUCAGAACUUCUUGCCUUACAAACUAAGCUUGAAACCCUUAGCAAUCAGAAUUCAGAUUGCAAGCAACACAUUGAAGUGCUUAAAGAGUCACUUACUGCCAAAGAACAGAGAGCUGCCAUACUUCAGACAGAGGUUGAUGCCUUGAGAUUACGUUUAGAAGAAAAAGAAAGUUUUCUUAAUAAAAAAACCAAACAACUGCAAGACCUCACAGAAGAAAAGGGAACUCUGGCUGGAGAAAUUCGAGAUAUGAAAGACAUGUUAGAAGUCAAAGAAAGAAAAAUCAAUGUUCUUCAAAAAAAGAUUGAAAAUCUUCAGGAGCAACUUAGGGAUAAAGACAAACAGCUAACUAAUUUGAAAGACAGAGUGAAGUCGUUGCAGACUGAUUCCAGUAACACAGACACGGCUCUAGCAACGUUGGAAGAAGCUCUAUCAGAGAAGGAGAGAAUUAUAGAGCGAUUAAAGGAGCAGAGGGAAAGAGACGACCGUGAAAGGAUUGAAGAAAUUGAAUCCUUUAAAAAAGAAAACAAAGACCUGAAGGAAAAAGUUAAUGCUUUGCAAGCAGAGCUAACAGAAAAAGAGUCUAGCUUAAUUGACCUCAAAGAACAUGCAUCAUCAUUGGCUUCGGCUGGACUGAAAAGAGACUCCAAGUUAAAGUCUUUAGAAAUAGCCAUAGAGCAAAAGAAGGAGGAGUGUAGUAAGCUAGAAGCACAACUGAAAAAGCAAGCUGAACAGUUGUUCAAUCAGAUGUACAAUCCAAUGCCAAUUAGGAAUAAUGGGAAACAAGGGGCUCAUGAAGCUGAGGAGGAGGCACGAAUGAACCCUGAAUUUGCUGACAGGAUGAAACAGCUUGACAAAGAGGCAGCCUACUAUAGAGACGAAUGUGGCAAAGCUCAAGCUGAGGUUGACAGACUUCUAGAAAUCCUCAAGGAAGUAGAGAAUGAAAAAAAUGACAAAGAUAAGAAAAUUGCUGAAUUAGAAAGACAUAUGAAGGACCAAAACAAGAAGGUGGCAAACCUGAAGCACAAUCAACAAAUGGAAAAGAAGAAGAAUGCCCAGUUGCUAGAAGAAGUUCGUAGACGUGAAGAUAAUAUGACAGACAACUCUCAGCAUUUGCAGUUAGAAGAACUAAGGAAUGCCCUGGAUAAGACCAGACAAGAACUGGAUGCUACCAAAGCACGGCUUGCCUCAACGCAACAGUCUCUGGGUGAGAAAGAAGCACAUCUAGCCAAUUUAAGAAUAGAACGGAGAAAACAGUUAGAAGAGAUACUGGAAAUGAAACAGGAAGCACUCCUUGCUGCCAUCAGUGAAAAAGAUGCAAAUAUUGCCUUGCUUGAACUGUCUGCUUCAAAGAAAAAGAAAACUCAAGAAGAAGUGAUGGCUUUGAAAAGAGAAAAAGACAGAUUAGUCCAUCAGUUAAAACAACAGACGCAGAACAGGAUGAAGCUGAUGGCAGACAACUAUGAUGAUGACCAUCACCACUACCACCACCACCAUCACCACCACCAUCACAGAUCUCCUGGGAGGACACAGCACUCCAACCACAGACCCUCUCCAGAACAGGAUGAUGAGGAGGGAAUAUGGGCCUAAGCGGUUCCUAUAAGCCAAAGUUCCAGUUUUGUUUUGAGGGAUGAUCCAGUCACUGUUGGAGGCACAUUGCCACAGCAAAAUCUCAUGCUGUACAUUGAUCACCUGUCCAACCUUUGCCUAGAGUGUGAUCCCCAGUUCCUUCAAGAGAUCCAACUUUACCUGUCUAUAAAGAAGAUGAGGAGGGAGACAUCUGGGAUAACCAAGCAUCAGAGCAUUAACACCAGAGCAGUUAUCAAGAGGAGCUGGAGAAAGAAGCAAACGCAAGGCAGCACUGCAGGACGAUGAGAGACGAGAGAAAAGAGGAUGAUUUGCUGCAGUGGGGAUCUGAAUGCAGUCGCCACUCUUGGAGCUCCACCCCCCAAACGAUCACAGAAGUGGGCGGGGCACAUGAAGGUUGCCAUCAAACAAUAAGCUGCACAAACGGGUGUCCUUCUCCAUUAUUUCUUGUAAUACGUUACGAAGUCAGAUACUUUGGAAAACAAUUAAGGGGACUUGAUUGGAAAUUAGAAGAACUUAAUUUCCUUUAACGGGGUCGUAUGAAUUAUUCCAGAAUUAUUAUUUUUUAAAGAAAACUGAGUUACCAUCUGUUCUGAACAUUACUAAAUGAAGUUAAUUAAAGUGGGAUCUUUAAUUUGACAGAUUUGUAUUAAUUUUAAUCUGUAGUUGAGGUUCCAUUAGCUGCAGUAUCAUUGUCUGCUGUUUCUGGUUAGUUUCUUCUAAAGUAUCACUUCUAAAGCACUAGAUUAUUACAGGGACUAGCAAGCUGUUUCAUAAUGGUGUCGGCAUUAGUCAUACCCCCAGUAAUGUGGGCUUUUCAGGGUAAUGAAAACAAAGUCUUCGCCCUCCUCUGUUUCUUUACUAUUACUCAAGCCAUUUUGAUAAUGCAACCAAUAUUAAGCUCUGGGCCAGGUUGGAAAUGAAAUCAAUUUUUACUACUAAUAUCUGUUGGCGUAUGAAAAUAUGGUGUGUGUCUCUGACAAUGCAUGGGGCAUCUAACAGUGCGAUCCUAUACAUAUCUAGUCAGAAGUAAGUCCCAUAGAGCUCAAUGGGGCUUACUCCCAGGUAACUGUGUAGGACUGCAGCCUAAAAUGAUUAGCAAUUAUUUGUAUACAGUGGUUGAUGUAUGUCUGGAAGAUAAAAGCUUGACGCAAGAAUCUAUACUUGUAUACGAGCGUCUAUGAAGAUGCAUCAAACUUUUAUCAUCCAGAUGCACAACAGUAUUUAAUAUAAAAGCUGGGACUCUUGAUUUUUUUUUCUAAUUCAAAAGAAUGUCGUGAUUAUUAAAUAUAUGCAUUGGGUCUCCUUUACGGGAAGGGACCCUUCCUCAUUGUUUUCUGAACAGGGAAACAAUACGUACCAUGGUUUAUAAUGUAUUUUAGAUGUUAAACAAAGAAGUAUCGAUGAAUGAGUAGAUAAUUGAAAAUUAUCUCUGUCAUCCAGCAAAUUAUAAUAAAUGUGAACAUGUUAAAAACACAUGCCAGGGGAAUAGACAGGUGUGGGGGGAGAGCCCUGGAGCUAUUAUGUGUAGUGACAGACUAUUAUUGAUGUUGAACUAUCUGCUGUUUCCCCAAAGUAAGGGUCUUCCCUUAGCGAGCAUUUUCGUUCCAUCUGGCAUACGUGCUCAUAACAAGAGCUCAGUCCUGUGACUGGCAUAUCUUUUUGUCAGUGAGAGGGGCACUUACAGGCUUGUAAGUGGAUAUUGACUUAUCUGCACUGCUUAGAAGCAAACAACAUGUGCAAUCCACCAGACACCUUCUGUUAUGAAACCUCCAUUCAUUUUAAUAAGAUGUGAGCUGGGCUUUGUUGAAAUGAAUGGAUGUCGUGGAGCAGAAAUGCUGGGUGGAUUGGCCCUCCCCCAUAAAAAUUAAACAUGUGUGGCCUUAAUUCUUGGUACUUUCUUUCUUUCUUUCUUUGCUGCUGUGGAAAAAAACAGUUUUUGAACAGGAUAUUCAUAAAAUCUUGCACUUAAUUUAGAAAUAUGUCAUUAUUUUUGAAUGGUUGGUGCAAUUAAUCUUGAUCAUCCAGUAUGAGCCAUACAUAUGAACCCCCUGGAAAUUAUUAUUUGCCUAGAAAAGAGUAAUUUAUUAGUUGGUUGCACCAUCGUUCUCGAUGAAAUUGAAGAGCCAGUGAAUGCAAGCAGAAUUUCUGCUCAAUGUUAAUUCAAUUCAAUACAUGGAAUGAUAAAUCUGUAUAAAAUAUGUAUAGCAUUUAUCCAUAUUCAUUUAUAUUUUAAAAGUUUGUCCUUUGACUUUCAAUGGGGUUUUGAACCUUGGGUUUGUUUGUUUGUUUGUUUGUUUGUUCAUUUUAAAAUGGAAAGCUCCUGGGAGUUUCUUUAGCACAUAUGACAAAUGUUGCACUUGUGAACUUGGACAACAAAACGUGUUACUUUUGACAAAGUUGUUGUCCUAGUAAGGGAUGGCUGUCUGGGCACAGUCCACUGGGAUGUUCUUUUGCACAAUCUCCAUUGAACUGAAAGGAGGAAGACUAGGAUAUGAGCUGUUGCAGAGCUCCCAUUCUAUCCAACGGGGCUUGUGCAAGAGAGCUUUGCGGAAGAUUGUGCCUUCUGUGUCUCUUACAGUCAGGUCUUUACCUUAAUUCUGCAACUGAAUACUUGAAGUAGGAAAUAAACUAGGGAAACAUAGGGUCCUUAAAAACAAAACUGUAUAGUUAGAUAUUUAUAUGUAUGUGCCAAUUUUGUCACAGAUAUUAUUUUGGGGGCAUUUUUGUUUUAUUUUUGCUCCUUUCAUGUUGGUAAGAGCAUUGAACCUGACUUUUAUCAAAGCCUAAGACUUAGCCUCUAGAGAAGAAAAUUUUGUCUAACAUUGCUUUUUCCCAUUUCACAUGAUAUAUACUAUGAUGUUUGGCGGGGGAAUCUUUUCAUACACUAAAAUAGAAUCUCGGGGUUUACAAUAAACACUGUGAUGUUGGGCAAACAUUUUAUUCGAGCAAUGUUUGGUAGAUUUCUUCCCCCUUGAAAUGUAAAAAAGUCAAACAAGCCUUUUGGUUAACAUUUAAGAUGAGUAUUAUUUUACUGUGGGAUCAAACUUGUACUGCACAUUCUUUCAUUUAAAUGUACAGAAUGAAUUUUGUAUUUAAAUGAAUUUUGUGUAUCCAGUAUGCACGUAAAUGCACAUUGACUUUCAUUUGAAAGUGGGUUUCAAUUUCCUUUUUAAACAGUGUUUAUGAAAAGAUUUCAGAUGUGUCACAACCUAUACCUGCAUUUUCCUUUGGUGUAGAGUGAUUGUUUGAAUGUGAUGUUCUGCAACAAUGGGUCAGCAUUCCCUAUUUACCUUUGACCCUCAUUUGAUAGUGCUUCUUGUAAUAAUUUUCUCCAAGUGAGUGGCAUGUUCUGGAUUGUGAUCUUGACAUGUGAUUAAGGACAUUGAUAUGAAACUAAGGAAUCCUUAGAAAUUACCAGUGGGCAUGUUUUAGAACAGUCAUUGUAAUUUUAAUGUCUCGUAGAAGUGUAAAGUACCAAGGUAUUUAGAAUUCAUAACAUUGUUAUCAUGUGUAUGAGAAGUGCUUGGUGUUGAUCAGCUCGUUUAUAUUCAUCAAAUAAAUCUGGUUUCUUUCUGAACAA